GCAAACUAAAGUAGCCCAUCGGUCCCCUCCAUGGGCUGUACCUCUUCUCACGAUCCCUGCAUCUCCCUCUCUCCAAAGCCGCCGCUUCCGCCGCCGCUCCUGUUAGGGAGAACCCCCACCCUCUCCUCCCCUAUCGUGGUCCACCACCCAUCCCUCCACAAGGGCGAGUCCACCCACUUCGUCUCCCUCACCUCCACCAUCUACGGCUCCCUCAAAAUCCUAGACGACCCCGAUCCCCCUCUCUCGGCCUCCUCCGCCUCCGCCGCCGUCAUCAUCAACGCCUGGGACCUCAUGGACGGCCUCGACGAUCUCCCCUCCCCUCCCUCGUCCUCCUCCUCCUCCUCCUCCGCCGCCGCCAAGAAGCCCUACCUGCUUCCCCGAUCCCUCACCUACCACCAUCACCGCCGCCCGACGAAGGCCAAGAACGAGCACCCCGCCAUUAAGCCCCUCUGGAAGCAUCUAGCCGACGAGCCCAAGCGCCCUAAAGUCGUCCUUUACUCCACCUCCCUCCGCGGCAUCCGCCGGACCCAUGAGGACUGCUGCGCCGUCCGCUCCAUCCUCCGCGGCUUCCGCGUCGCCGUCGAUGAGCGGGAUCUUUCCAUGGACGCCUCCUAUCGGCGGGAGCUGCAGGCGCUGCUCGGAAAGGGGCGGCCUUUCUCGCUCCCCCAGGUGUUCGUCGGUGGGCGGUGCUUCGGCGGGGCGAAGGAAGUCUGGCAGCUCCACGAGGCCGGGGAGCUGGGGCGGCUGCUCGAGGGGGUCGCCGGCCAGGACCCUGCGUUCGUGUGCAGCGGCUGCGGCGGGGUUCGCUUUGUGCCUUGCCCCAAUUGCAGCGGCGGCCGCAAGGUGUUCGUCGAGGAGGAGGGGAGGAUGCGGCGCUGCGAGGAGUGCAACGAGAAUGGAUUGGUACGCUGCCCUAAAUGCUGCUCUUGCUGAUGGUCCCCACACGUAAAAAAAUUGCUACUAAAAUUAGAUAUCAAGAAAUGGGAAGGAAUGAGAUAUGAUUUUCCUGUAAUUUUCUUUCUUGUUUUUGGGUCAAUUUGGAUGUAAUUCAAAUGCACUCGAUUGAUUCUUGAAGGGGGUGGGAUCAAUUGAGAUAUAUAUGGAAGUAACUGUUUCCUUGGUAUGUAAGAAAUGGGGGCUAUAAAUGACGGGCUUUUGGUAAUGGUGAUUGUUGGAUACUUGGUACCUAUGAAGGGAAAAGAACAUUUGGCUUCUUGUCCUUCGAAAGGGUGUGGUUAUGAUGAUUGAAGUAAAAUUGUUUGUAUAAAACUGUCAUAAUCAAUUCAUCUAUGCCAAUAUGGAGUUUGGUUUGUAA